AUGUCGACGACUGCCUCUGGAAAGGCGCAAGCGUCUACUUCAAAUGCGAAAAGAAUAGUCUUCUUCCACCCUGACCUGGGCAUAGGUGGGGCAGAACGACUUAUCGUUGAUGCGGCUGUAGGCCUACAGGACUUGGGUCACAAAGUCACCAUCUUCACUUCACACUGCGACCCUCGACAUUGCUUCGAAGAAGCGCGUAACGGCACUCUCGAUGUCCGAGUACGUGGAAACACUAUCUUCCCGCCUACCAUCUUGAAUCGCUUCCAUAUUCUACUCGCUAUCCUGCGACAAAUCCACCUCGUCCUCUCGAUCGGUCUAUGGGGCGACGAGCUCUACAGCCUCAAGCCUGAUGUGUUUGUUGUGGACCAGCUCGCUGCAUGCAUACCACUCUUACGAUGGCUCUAUCCAAAGAGGCAGCGGACACUCUUCUACUGCCAUUUCCCUGAUCAGCUGCUUGCGAGGAGAGAUGAGGUCGGGGCGAUUGGAGCAAUCAAGAAGCUGUAUCGCUGGCCUUUCGACUGGUUCGAAGGAUGGAGCAUGGACGCAGCAGAUCAGAUCGUGGUUAACAGCAAGUUUACAAGAAGUGUCAGCAACACGGUAUUUCCUGGUCUGGAAAGAGAGUUGCGUGUCGUCUACCCAUGCGUCACUGCUACAGCACAUGACAACAAUGACGGCAAGCUUUGGGACGGGAGAUACAAGAUCCUGCUCAGCAUUAACCGAUUCGAAAGGAAGAAAGACAUUCGGCUAGCGAUCUCAGCAUAUUCGAGGAUGUCCGCAGAAGAAAGAAGGAAUACCAGACUAAUCCUUGCUGGAGGCUACGAUCAAAGAGUUGCCGAAAAUGUUGAUUAUCAUAAAGAGCUGGAGCACUUCGCGGCGCAGGCUGGCCUGACAUAUGCAACAGCGAAAACUAUCCCUACAGCAUUGGCCAUACCACAUGAUGUACAAGUCCUCUUCCUGCUGUCUGUGCCAGAAGCAUUCAAAACAACAUUACUUGAUAACGCGACACUGCUCUUGUACACUCCAAGAAACGAACACUUCGGUAUCGUGCCCGUCGAGGCUAUGAAACAUGGACUACCAGUACUUGCGUCAAAUACUGGUGGCCCUCUAGAGACGAUCGUUGACGGCAAGACCGGUUGGUUGCGAGAUGCUGAUAAGGAGGAAGAAUGGACUUAUAUUAUUCGGAAAGUACUACAUUCGUUCUCUAACGAGAGAAGAGAUGUGAUGCGCGAAGCUGCAAAGAGCCGUGUGCGAGAGAAUUUUACGAAAGAGAUCAUGGCCAAGAGGUUCAGUGAAGAGAUCACAGAAAUGCUUGGAGCGAAGCGACCACCAUUCGUUGAGAGGGAGAGUGUUGUCAUGGCCAUCGGCCUUGUUGGGUGUUUUGCUGCUGGACUUUUAGCCGCUGUGAUGAGGAUGACCUUUAGAACCGAUCCUCGAUCGACCGAGUUUAUUCGUGUCGACAGGUCGAAAAUGAAGGCCAACGCCUUUGUUUCACCUGUUAUGGGUGCUGGAUAG